AUGUCAGCGUGCCUGGAAAGCGAGGAUGAAGACUCCCAUAACUCCUGUGUGGCAGAAGACAAUCAGCAGUGCACAGUUCAUGCAGAUUGUGUCUGUGCUGAUAUUUUUCCAAGGGCAAAACAGUUACCACUUGACUCAGAGGUUGUGGUGCCCCAUUUGCAGGAGCUGCAGAAUCCAUGUGACUUACCACCUGUGGGUCAGUUUUCCCAGGGGUACUGGCCAAACCAAUGUGAAGUCAGCAGGGACAGAAUUAAGCACAUUGAUUGGAUACCCAGUAGUCCUGAGCCAUUGUACACUCCAACGGGUUUGGAGAUCACACCAUCCUACCAACCUCCUGACAAGGGCAAUGUCAUUUAUCUAGGAGAAGAAUUGUAUUUUAUGUAUUCCCAAGUGAGACGUCUCUCCCCUGUGAAACAGAUCUUCCAUCAGGAAGUGGACAAUACACUCAUCUUUGAAGCACGAUUUGAGAGUGGUAAUUUGCAGAAGGUGGUUAAAAUCAGAAGUGAAUUUGAAUACCAGCUGACACUGCGAACUGACCUCUACACAAGCAGGCACGUGCAGUGGUUUUACUUCCAAGUAAGCAAUACUCAGGCAGGGAUGCCUUAUCGCUUCACCAUUGUCAACUUCACCAAGCGUAGAAGCCUGUACAGGCAUGGUUUGCGGCCGCUGCUGUACUCAGAAGUUGAUGCUAAGGAACACAACAUUGGCUGGCGAAGGAUAGGAAAUGAAAUCAAGUAUUACAAAACCAAUGUGAGUGAAGGUGGACGUCAGUAUUUCUCACUCACGUGGACAUUUCAGUUUCCUCAUGACAGAGACAUUUGCUAUUUUGCCCACUGCUAUCCUUACACCUACUCCAACCUGCAGGAGUACCUGGUGGCCAUCUCUACAGAUCCAAUGAAGUCCAAGUUCUGCAAGACUCACAUCUUGUGCCAUUCCCUGGCAGGAAACACAGUACACGUCUUAACUAUCACCAACCCCCCUGAAAGUGGCAAGGACACAAAGAGAAAGGCUGUGAUUCUAACUGCAAGAGUGCAUCCUGGAGAAACCAACAGCUCCUGGAUAAUGAAGGGCAUUCUGGAUUACAUUCUUGGUAAUUCAGGCAACGCUCAUCAGCUCCGGGACACUUUUGUCUUCAAAGUGGUACCAAUGUUGAACCCAGAUGGUGUGAUUGUGGGAAAUCAUCGCUGCUCUUUAAGGGGUCAUGACUUGAACCGCAAAUACAAAUCUAAAGUGAAGAAAUGUUAUCCUUCAAUCUGGUACACCCGAAACAUGAUCAGAAGAGUGAUGGAGAAGCGUGACAUUUUUCUGUAUUGUGACAUCCAUGGUCACAACAGAAAACAAAAUGUCUUCAUGUACGGUUGUGAGAGAGAGCAGGAGCCAAAAGCACAGCACUUGUGUCCACGUGCCUUUCCACUCUUGCUGAGCAAGAAUUGCCCAGAUAAGUUCUCAUUUCCAGACUGCUGUUUCAGAGUACGUAAGAGCAAAGAAAGCACAGGUCGAGUUGUAAUGUGGAAGAUGGGCAUCAACAACAGCUACACUUUGGAAGCCUCUGUUUGUGGCUCUAAGCUGGGCUGGAGACGAAGCACCCAUUUUGAUAUCAAAGACUUUGAGUCAAUAGGACAGCAUUUCUGUGAUGCUCUCUUGAACUACUCUGUGGAUAAUAAGGAGGAGCAUGAGCAAGUAGUGACACAGCAAGCUAAGGUGGGCUCCGCAGUCCUGAACUCUGAUGCAUUAGACUGGGAUUCCAGCAGCCGAUCUUCUGACAGCUCAGACUCCUACGAUAUUGCUGCACACCGGCUAAAACUAGGUACUAAGAAAAAAACCAAACCAUCAGGAGAUCCCUUUAGCAGCACUGCUAAGGACAGAAGUCAUGAAAGCAGAAAUUCCCCAGGCACUGAAAUUCAACACAAGAUAUUUCAUGAACUUCACCCAGUAGACAAAGUUAAAUUGCCAAUGACAGCCUCUACCAAACAAGUAGGAAAGUAUUUCAGCUCUGAAAGACUCAUCUGUAAUACUAACAGCGAUUGUGAAAAGCCAUCUGUGCCAGAGGAGCCAGGAAAAAGUGUAUUUUGUGACAUAAUCCUAUCCAGAAGAGAAAAUUUCCAUUCAUCCAGCUUUAAUUUGAUCUCUCAGAAGACAAAGAAACAUAAUGGCAAAAGUGUCUCCAACUCUUCACAGAAGACAUUUCAGUAUUUUAAAGGUCAUGACCAUGGUGCAAAGAGCAAUUCAAAAAAGGAAGAACGAAAAACAGGGAGGCUCUCCUCAAAACCCAGAAAACUCGAGAAAAACAGGACAGCAAGACAAGCUGUAACGUUUGAGAAGAGUAAAUCCUGCCAGGCACAAAGCGCAUCACAGUUCUCCCUGCCCUUAGUGCCUGAAGCAGAGAACAGACAACCUGCUGCAAAAUAUCCGGAUGUGUUUUGGAGCCCCAGUUCUUCAGCGAAGAAGGGCACGUGAAAGAGUCAUCUAUAUGAUUUACUUAAACAACUCCCAGAACUUUGACUAUGGAUUAUGGCUAGCAGUGAGGGAGCACAAAACCCGCAGAGACAAUAAAUUCCUCUUGCCCUUUUUUUCUGAAAAACUGUUCACACACAGCUGGCUAAUGGGCUUAUGAAGUUUCUCUUACCAUGUGAAGAAUUAUCCCAAAUUCUAAACAAGUUUAUUUGGGAGUGUCUCCUGAGUGUAAAGCAUCAUUUGUACUAAACUAUACAUACUGAUUCUGUGGGGCAAUCUUCACUUGCAGAAGGAGCUGCAUGAAUAGCUGAGUGUCACCCAUUCACCUCAACUCUAUUUGGGAGUUUUCCUAAGAUCCUAAAGGAGAGGGAUUAUUCACUGAGCAACUGAAGCCACCAUUCACUGAUUAUAAACCAUGAGAAUCAUUUUCCAUUUCACCAACAAAUAAAUUCUACAUGGAAAAGCA